CUUACUCUCUUUGAAAACUGCAAAUCCAUGGACCAACUGAAGCAAAUGCAUGCCCAGAUCAUUGAAACAGGUUUCGCAUCGGACCCGGCUGCGCUCAGCAGAAUCAUAGUCUUCUGUUGUGCCCAUGAAUUUGGUGACAUGAAGUAUGCACGCCAGGUGUUUGAUAGAAUUCCUGAACCAAGUGUUUUCAUUUGGAACACCAUGAUCAAAGGGUAUAGUAGGACAUAUUGCGCCCAUUAUGGGAUAUCUAUGUAUGCAUCAAUGCAGAGGGUGGGUGUGAAGCCCGACUGCUAUACGUUCCCGUUCUUGCUAAGAGGAUUUACUUGUGAUGUUGCAUUCGAAUGGGGGAGAGGGUUCCAUGCUCAUGUGUUGAAGUAUGGUUUCGAAUCUAAUGUUUUUGUUCACAAUGCAUUGGUGCACAUGUAUUCUGUCUGUGGUCAAGUUGAUAUGGCGCGUGGGGUUUUCGACAUGGUGAGUGAGAAGGAUGCUGCUACUUGGAAUGCAAUGAUCUCCGGGUACAAUAAGAUCAAGAAGUUCGACGAGUCUUGGAAGCUUUUCUGUGAAAUGGAGAAGAAGGGAGUAUUGCCCACUUCAGUCACCCUUGUCUCGGUACUUUCAGCUUGUUCUAAAUUGAAGGAUUUAGAUGCUGGGAAGCAGGUACAGAACUACCUCAAGGCGUGCGUGGUCAAACCUAAUCUAGUUUUGGAGAAUGCUUUGAUUGACAUGUAUGCUGCUUGUGGAGAGAUGGAUGUUGCACUUGAGAUUUUUGAGGAUAUGAAAAGGAGAGAUGUAAUUUCUUGGACGACCAUUGUUAAGGGAUUUUGUGGUUCAGGACAAGUUGAUUUAGCUCGAAAUUACUUUGAUCAGAUGCCAGACAGAGAUUAUAUUUCAUGGACUGCAAUGAUUGAUGGGUUCGUGAGGGUGAACCGAUUCAAAGAGGUUUUGGAACUCUUCCGUGAGAUGCAGACUUCGAAUGUGAGACCAGAUGAGUAUACCAUGGUAAGCAUUUUAACAGCUUGUGCACAUCUUGGAGCACUAGAACUCGGAGAAUGGAUAAAAACUUACAUUGACAAAAGCAAGAUCAAGAAUGACACGUUUGUGCGAAAUGCGUUAAUAGACAUGUAUUUCAAGUGUGGAAAUGUUGAAAAAGCUGCGAGGGUUUUCAAUGCAAUGCUGCGAAGGGACAAAUUUACCUGGACGGCUAUGAUUGUUGGCCUUGCUAUUAAUGGACAUGGUAAAGAAGCUCUUGACAUGUUCAGUCAAAUGCUGAAAUCUGCAGUAGCUCCAGACAAGAUAACAUACCUUGGUGUUCUUUGUGCAUGUACUCACUCUGGCAUGGUCGAUGAAGGUACAAACAUUUUCUCUAGUAUGAGCACCCAACAUGGGAUUGAACCUACUGUUACGCAUUACGGGUGCAUGGUGGAUCUUCUGGGUCGAGCAGGGCGUCUUAAAGAAGCUUAUGAGGUUAUACAGAACAUGCCAAUAGAACCAAACUCAGUUGUAUGGGGAACUCUUCUCGGUGCUUGUAGAAUGCAUAAAGAUGCAGAACUAGCUGAAGUGGUGGCAAAACAGAUACUAGAUUUGGACCCUGAAAACAGCGCUGUUUAUGUUCUCUUGUGCAAUGUAUAUGCAGCUUGCAACAAAUGGGAAAGUUUCCGCGAGGUAAGGCAGACGAUUAUGGAUAAGGGGAUCAAGAAGGCUCCUGGCUGUAGUUUGAUAGAGGUGAAUGGUGAUGUUCAUGAGUUUGUAGCCGGCGAUGCCUCACAUCCUGAAUCCGAGAAGAUAUAUUCUAAGUUGGAUGAGAUGCUUAAAGACUUGAAAUCUGCAGGGUAUUCACCUGAUACGUCCGAGGUUUUUCUUGAUGUAGGAGAAGAGAAUAAAGAGAGUGCAGUCUAUAAGCACAGUGAGAAGUUAGCAAUUGCGUUUGGAUUGAUUAGUUUAGGACCUGGGGUGACUAUUAGAGUCAUGAAGAACCUUAGAAUCUGUGUGGAUUGUCACAGAAUGGCAAAGCUGGUUUCCAAGGUGUAUGAUAGAGAAGUAAUUGUUAGGGAUGGAACUCGGUUCCAUCAUUUCAGGCAUGGCUUCUGUUCAUGUAAAGAUUAUUGGUAA